AAGGAGAAGAAGUAAAAGGUGCAAUGGCCCGAUUGCCAUCAAUCGAAUACGCAAGCGCGCACUUCAGAAACCGCCUUUUUCUUGAUAACAUCCGCUGGACGCGGAACAUCUUGAGACUUUGUAUCCAGAAGGUAAAAGAGAAGCUGACCGCGCCUGUAUAGGUCUUUAUUUCCUUGUCCGACGUCUAGUCCACUCGACCGUUGGUUAUUACAUAUCCGGCAAUCUCAUCUUUUUGUAUUAUCAAAGUCUUUGGUGUGAAAUUACGGCGAUGAAAACAGCGCGUUUUCUAAUUGUCAUCGUCGUGUUGCUGAUCACCUCAUCAGGCGGCACUGACCAUGUUGCAACACCCGAGUCGGCCGCGGGCUUCGCCAGCAACUCUACUAUUACAGUCUCACCGCUCCCGAAGGCACCGCUAGAGAAAAACCAUGAAGCACUAGACUCGCAAGGCGGGAGAAGCGCUGUACUCGACGCAAUGGAAUUAAUCGAUCCUAAGGCGAGUGAACAAGUUCUGGAGCUCAUUGUCAAAAUAGCAGAACAUCCGGCUAUUUGGAAACAGAUCCAUCGAGUCUUGGAAACUCUGGAAGCGAACAAUGCCGCCUACUCUCAAAGGAUUGAUGCCACUCGCAGUGAAUUAGGUUGGAUAAAUAAAAGAUUGGAUAGGCCCGGAGACAAGAGAAACGACGUACCCGAUGACAAAAUGACCAUUCUUUCGAACGUAACUAGUGCCGACGUCGAUAUCUCACCUCUUCCUUCAUUGGAGACGACUUUCCAGCGAUGGAGGGACGUCCUGUUCGCCUCCACCGUUCCUAAAGAGCCUCGACUAUUUCACCCGCAAUUGGAGGUUUCGGAGAAUAAUAAACAAACCGGGGAAUCGAAGAUGGAACAAAGUGUCCAAGGGCGAUAUGGGUCCUCAUCAAGUCCAAUCAAUCAGCCAGAGCAGCUCCGAUCAGAAAAGAAUUUUGAAGAACGACUCAACGAAAUCGAAGAAGAGCUGAAAAAGUUGACGAAAUUCAGCCGCAUGAUGCCGCUUAAAUUGAAACACCUCGCCAACAGAGCAGGCCACCAGCAACAAGAAAAACGAACUAAAGCAAAGACGACCAAAAUAUUCUUGAAGAAUUUGGCUUCUCAAAAUCAAAGUGGCGCACUGGAUGAUUCAACGCCAGUCACUAAAAGUCAUCCCAAGUUCCUGUACCAUAAAGUGCACAAUACCACUAGUCAACCCGGGCCAAGUAGUCUGCUGGGGCCGAAUUUCUGGAAGAAAAUUGCUUCGCUAAAACACAAUGGUAGCAAUCCGACAUCUAGACGCAAUUCUUUCGUCGCUGUUUCAAUAUCACCCCCGACCAGUGACAAAUCGAAGCGUGACGAACCGUUAAUUGGAAAUGGACAGCAUGAGCAAAGGAUACUAGCAACGGAGCAGGUAAAAUUGGAAUUUACGAAACCCUGUAAGAAAAUUCACAACAUCCGGAAGCAAAAUAAACAGCGAACAGCAGUCAUCAAAUCGUCUGCUAUUAUCAACGAAUAAUUGGUUAAUGAUAGACGGGGAAAAAGUUAUUCAAUCGUCAUAAUGAUUUAUAAUAUUUUAUCCUUAAUGGGAUUUAUUCUUUCCAUGAUUGAAAAUAUUGGACAGUUGAACCAUCAUGCAAAAUUUUAUUGUCCUGAAAACAAUAGGUCUGAAUCGUCAUUAUUUAGUUUUUGCGCAGAUAAAAAACAGUUUCGCACUUUAUUAAAUUUUACUAUUUGUCGUUCACUUACCGUGGUGUGCAUCUCGUAGCUAUAAACACGUGAAAGAUACACGUAAAUAAACUGUUGACCAUUUCUAGCUGUAUGCAGUUUUUUUUCAUGUUAAUGAUUUAUGUACCGCGAUUGUUGCAUUCAGAACGAUUCAGAAAUGCGAAAUUUGACAUAAUUUGCAUUUUUCCUGUUGCUGCUAUUAACAUGUCCCAGAGAUGUAUCAAUAGAAAAAUGAACAAUGUAUUCAACGAAUUAUUACAUCAAUUGGUGUAAUUCAGUUUUCGUAAUUGCGCGGAUGCAUGCGAUACCUACAGUGUGCAAUCUAGUUAUGAAGCCACUGUACAUUUCUUAGUAAUACCCCUUAAGAGAUCAUGAAUUUUUUAGUUUAUUGCAUGGUGCUUGGUCGCCCCGAAUAAAUCUGCUAUUGAUAGUGAUUCAGGUCCUCAGUUUGAAAUAGAAAUCAUCCGAUUUCUAUCAGAAUGUGAGGGCCAUCAGGAUUCAUAAGUAGAACCAAAAUCCGGAUAAAACGCGACACGCAUUAAAGGGUAUAAUUAAUAAUACCUAAAGAAUAUCUGUAUGUUUAUAGCAAUCCGGUAAGUGAUUUGCAUAAGCUAGAUAAUAAAAGUGCAUGUGGCAACUAUCAAUGCUUACCUACAAGUAUGAAAACACAAUCACACCAACUCAUGUACUAGUGUUAAGUGCACAUUGUUCAUUUAUCUAAAGUCAUCUAUGGUAUAAGUUAAUAGCAGUAAAAGGAAAAAAUGCAAUUCAUGUGCCAGUUGUCAUAUGCCAGUAUGUUAUUGGCUUUGUCACGGAUACGGGGGGCUUUUAGGUUGAGAUUUUGAGCUGACAUAAUUUGCCUUUUUACUGUUGCUGCUUAUUCUAGAUUUCUGAUUCUAUCAACUUAUUCUAUAUAUGUAAAUAUAGAAAAAUGAACAAUGUCUACAACGGAGUAGUCCAUCGAUUGGUGCAAUAAAGAUUUCAUAGUUUUGCAGGUGCACAUAAAUAAAUGCAAUCAGUUCGCUAGUUAACAAGUCAUUGCACUUUUGACGGCAAUAAGAUAUAAGAAGGCACAUGAUUUUUCAUUGAAAAUAGGAUUGAGUAUCGACAAUACUUAUCUUCCGGAAGACUGAGGUAAUGCACCUCUUUGGACCAAGAUGUACUUGCAUGAUAUCUUGGUCUUCACGAGAUGAAGUAUCAUUCAAUUUUCCAAAUAAGGAAGAUUCAUGAUUAUCGAUAACUCAUUUCACAAAUAUUGAAGUUAAAUUCAAUCUUCUUAUAGUCCACCGGGAAAGUAUUUACAUUGCAUAGGGAAUAAUUGAUACACGGCAUCUAUUAACGUGCAUUUACGGAAUUUCGAAAAUCCUAAAACACCAAAUGAUGUACUAGUGCCUUGCGGACAUUGUUCAUUUAUCUAAAGUCAAAUAUCCGACAUAAUUAAGUAGCAGCAACAGGAAAAACUGCAAAAUAUCCGCAAAAUAUAUGUAUUCACAGCUAAAGCAAGGAGAAAACUUGUCCACCCUUCUCCCCUCCCACAUAUUUAAGCUCGAGGACAUCCGAGUAAGACUCAACAAGGAGCGCUUUUCCUAGUGUCUACAUAAAUACUACUGCAGGGAC